AUGCUCGGAAAGAUCGCCCUCGAGGAAGCCUACGAGAUGGCCGGCAUGGAGGCCAAGUCGAUGCGUGAGGCCAAGCUGUACAUCCACCCCAACGACCGCGAACGCUACAUGCGCCAGAUUUCCGACAUCAACGACGAGCGUGUCCGCCUGGCCGACGCCCACGGCAUUGGCUACACCAUCUGCUCUCUGACGGUCCCGGGCAUCCAGGGAAUCUUCGACAAGGCCGAGGCUGAGCGCAGAGCCACCGAGGUCAACAACUGGGUCGCCGAAAAGGUCAAGGCCCAACCCAAGAAGCUGGGCGCCUUCGCCUGUCUGUCCAUGCACGACCCCGUCCAGGCCGGCCAGGAGCUGCGCCGCUGCGUCAAGGAGCUUGGCUUCCACGGCGCUCUGGUUUGUGACUUCCAGCACGCCGGCCCUGACGGCGAGACGUACCUCUUCUACGAUGCCCCCGAGUACGACGCCUUCUGGAAGGUGUGCCAGGAGCUCGACGUGCCGCUGUACAUCCACCCGGCGGCCCCUUCGGGCGUCAUCUACGAGAAGCUGUACGCCCAGCGCAAGUUCCUCAUCGGCCCGCCGCUGUCCUUCGCCAACGGCGUCAACCUGCACCUGAUGGGCCUCAUCGUCAACGGCGUCUUCGACCGCAACCCCAACCUCAAGAUCAUUGUCGGCCACAUGGGCGAGCACCUGCCCUUCGACUUCUGGCGCAUCAACCACUGGCUCGAGGACGUUGAGCGCCCGCUGGCCAAGGAGCAGGGCUACGACCGCAUCUGCCAGCAGUCCAUCUACCACUACUUCAAGAACAACAUCUGGGUCACCACCAGCGGCCACUUCUCCACCCACACCCUCGAGUACGUCGUCCGCGAGAUCGGCGCCGACCGCAUCCUCUUCAGCGUCGACUUCCCCUACGAGACCAUCGAGAACUGCUGCGCCUGGUGGGACGGCAAGGCCAAGGAGGUCAUCGAGGCCUGUGGCGGCAUCGAGAACUACAAGAAGAUCGGUCGCGAGAACGCCAAGAAGCUUCUUCACUUGACCGACUACCAUGACGCUGACGCCCCUGUCAACUAA